AAUCACACGGAGCCCGAGCGGACAGGACGGUCUAAGAGGGAGCUUUCCGUUAACUGGUCCUGGCAAAUAAGACAAAGGAGCCCAGAUUUCAGCUAUCACCCUCAGUCCGAGGUCUGCACUUUGAUAUCAUGGAUCUCCUUCACAGCUGGGGGGUCGAGCUGACCGUUCAUCUGCAGACCAGAUACAGCAGGUACGAGGGCCUGUUCAACCUCGCUUCCGCCGUGGCCGAUCUGCACACCACGUUCUUUUGCCUGUUCCCUGUCUGGUUCUACAUGCGCAGGGACACCGGGGUCAGGCUAAUCUGGGUGGCUGUCAUCGGAGACUGGCUCAAUUUAGUGCUAAAAUGGGUUCUUUCUGGGGAGAGGCCCUACUGGUGGGUUCAUGAGACCCAGUUUUACCGAGUUGGAAAGGCCCCGUCGCUGCAACAGUUUCCUAUCACAUGUGAGACUGGACCAGGCAGCCCCUCAGGUCACGCAAUGGGUGUAGCUGGUGUCUGGUAUGUGAUGGUCACGGCUCUGCUUUCAAUUGCAAAAGAAAAACAAUGCCCCAAUUUUCUAUACAGAUUGUUGCAGAUAGGCUUGUGGGCCUUAAUGUUUCUGGUGGUGCUGAUCGUCUGCAUGUCCAGGGUUUUCAUGGCGGCUCACUUUCCACAUCAGGUUAUUGCGGGGGUCAUCACAGGCAUUGUAGUCGCGGGUAUAGUUUCCAAGAAAAAGUGGAUUUACAACGCCAGCAUGAGCAAGUACCUCCUCAUCACGCUCUUCUUGGCUUCCUUCGCUAUUGGCUUCUACGUGCUGCUUAAAAUUGUAGGAGUGGACCUACUUUGGACCCUAGACAAAGCCCAAAAGUGGUGCAGCAGGCCUGAGUGGAUCCAUCUGGACAGCACGCCCUUCGCCAGCCUCCUACGUAACAUGGGCAGUCUGUUUGGCCUCGGACUUGGACUGCAUUCUCCUUUCUACCACGGAAUCAAGAAGAACACAAAUGCUGCUUUCCAGAUGGGGUGCAUUAUGAUUUCUUUGUUCUUGCUUCAGCUCUUGGAUGGAUGGACAUUUUCCCCAGAAAAUCAUAUGACUUUCUAUAUUCUGUCUUUUGGUAAGAGUGUCUUUGCACUUUUAAUCCCAACCACUUUGGUUCCAUGGGCUCUCUGCAGGAUUUGCAAAGGAACAGAGGUUGAAAAGAACUUGUGAUUUAUAUCUCAGGUGGUCAGUUACUAGUUUCAGUUAUUGCUUAUUUGGUAAAAUUGCUUUCUUCUCUAAAAGUAAACUGUGUCAAUUAAAAACCAGUGAUAGGUGAGUGGCUUAAAUUAUGCAAGUACAAAAAAGGAGGAACCAGCUCAUUUUAUUUUUCUCCAAGGUGAUACAAAUUUCAAAGUCAUAAACAAUCAGUUUUUACUUGCCACACAUUGUAGCUGUAUUUUUUUUUUUUUUUUUUUUUUUGUCGCUAAAAAGAUAUCCCUAUGAUCUGAUGACUUUUCAAAUGGAUUAAUUGGGCCUUAAAAAACAAAACAAGAAUAGCACUUCUAGUAUGAGAUUUUCAGGUCAUUUUGUCUCUGGUCACUACAUGUUACUAUUACAGUUUUCUUGUGUGAUUAAGUAGCUUUAUUUACACAGGAAAGCACUUCUCCUUGGAACCAUUUCUUAUAUAUUUUUAUAAGGAGAAACUGAUGCAAAUAAAUUAAAUUGUAAGUCUGCUAAAUAUUGUUCCAGUAAACUAUGCUAACUAAAUUUUGGAACGUGGGUUAUAGUCUAGCCUUACACGCUUCUUUUCCUAUGUCUUCUUUUGACACCAUAAAAAAUGACCACACUGCUGACAUUGCAUCGCUGCUUCAUUUAAAACCCUACAACCCUGGCUGCAAUGCAUUAUUGGCACUGUCACAGGCCAAAAAAAAAAAAAAAAAAAGAAUCCGCAUGACCAACCCCAUCCCGUCCUGAAACACUUGCACAAAGACCAACUAGUUGGAAAUAAACAGUGGUUGUUAAUAUCGGCCUUGUUGUACUUAUUGGACCGAUACUGAUAUGUUAAAAAAUUACUUACAAUGGCCGAUACCAAUGUUAAUGCCGAUAUAUUGUGCAUCCACAGUUUACAUGAACCAUUACUUGAUGUCCUCAAUUCACUUUGUCAGUAAGUUCUCUAAACAAAUAAGUGCAGGACAUAUUUCAUAUGUGUACAAGUUAGUAUGUUUAUAAUUAGGAUUAUCUAUAUAAUUUUUUUUUUCCCUUGGGCAUUUAGCAAAGGGACAAAUCCUAACAAUAUAAAUUUAACACUUGUUUUUGAGCAAACUGUGCAAAGAGAAUGAGAAAGUGCCUCAAACAAGCUAAGCCAAACUUAGCAGUUGGAUGGGUUAACUUUAAAAAGUGGGGCAAAUAUGGUUUAAUUCACAGUUACACUGACAGGCUAGGCUAGAAGCUAACAGUUAAUUAGCUGGUGACAAAGGCUAAAAUCAGGUAGCCUACUUGUCUUAGAGGUAAUAUUGUUACAAAUGUGUAACAGUCCCAAAAGAAGCUAAAGAUUUGUCUUACAGUUUGUGAAAAGUGUUUAAAGAUUCUUGCAAUGGAAAUUUCACUCGUUAAUGUGACAAAUUAAGUUAAUUGUUUGGAGAAGGUUAGCUUCACUUGUAAUGAUUCAGUUAAAAGUCCCAAAAAUUGACUUUGAAAUUUAAUAGUCUUUUUACAGUUAGUAACAUAGGCUACACGAUUUAGUAAACAUUUACUAAGGAAGAUGGUUUUAAUAUUUUGAUAAGGGGAACCGAGUGAUUCUAAUGAGUUGGCAGUUAGCUCGUUCAUUAGCUUAGCGUCUGACAAGGGCUAGAAACUGUUUUGGUUUUUUUUGUUUUGUUUUUUGUCAGCUGAGGUUUUAUAAAUUUCACUUUACACUUUUUGUACAAAUGUACCAAGGCUUUUGGUAUGAUGUUUUUAUUUAAGAUCAUUUCACAAGAGGCCAUAACGAGCAAAACUAACAGUUUGUAGUUUUUUGAGUACCUUGUAAUAAGGGAGGGAAAAUUUCAUUAUUUUGCUCCUUAUAUGUUGAAAAAGUAAAAAAAAAAAACAUAGUCAGUAUUUUUUUUAAUACAGUCAGCAAUUUCACACUAUUCACAAAAGGAAAAUGAUUUAAAGCUUCUGUUACAGGGAACCUACUACAAAUCAGGAGUUGCUAUUAAUUAACUUUGGCGUGGCAAGGGCUAGAAACAGGUAAAUUUGGCUUCCUCAAACAUUGACAUGCAGUGAAGCUGUAUAGACAUUGCCUACCGCAGGCUAUUUGCAAAAAGAAACUUUCAGCAUCAACUAAAGUGUUUACUUUUUUAAUUAGAAAACAUUCUACAAUAAUGAACCUCUUUAUGUCAUUGUGUCUCACACAAAUUCCAGAUUGUAAUUUGUGAGUUAAUGAUAUGUGUCUCUGUAUGCUGGUACCGGACUUUGGUAAAAUGAUUUCGGGAUGACUACAGAUGUACAGAUUUUAAUUCCAUAGUUAUAUACACCAAGAGGGUGGAUAUUUAGUUGGCAUUAGAAGAGGUGUUUCAUAUUUACAUGGAUCUGUACUGGUUAUAGUUCUAUAAUCUUAUUGAUUUUUUUUCUGCUAGUUCUCAAUCUUUUUCUAAAACAUCUGAGAUGUCUUCGCAUUUUUAAGUGUUUUUAGAUAAUACAUUCAAAUUGGUGUUCUUUGAUGCCAUUAGUUUUGACAAUUUAGUGAAAUAAUAGUUUCACAAUAGUGUUGCAUGCAAAUAUGACCAAGCAAUAAUGGGUCCAGGAUUUUCUAAAGUCUCUUAGCAAAUUUCUAACACUGUCCUUUUGAAACUCCUGCUUCCCCUGCCUACCUGAACCCAGAUCUCAUUGCAUGUCACUGUCCUCAACAUGUUAAUAAAAAGUAACAAAUUGGU